GCGCAGACAAUUUGUCUCAUUGUACAGUGUAUGAUGCUGGCUGUGGAGCGAUAGCGCGAUUAAUUGGUGUCACACCAGUCGUUUUAUUUUGCACUAAAAUUCAGGUAAUCUUCUGUUUUUGUUUCUUUUUGGGCAUUUUUUUUUGGAGAGAAACAGUAAAAGGAGGUUCCUUGUUUUCAAAGCAGGUAGAGUCGCUGUCAGGACGACUACUGUUUUGUUGAUGUCAUCCGCGGCGGAGCUGCAGCGACCUUCAAUUCCUCAACAAGACUAGGAUAAACAAAGAAUCGCUUUGAGGUUUCAGUGUUUUCCCUUUUAUUUUAUUUUAUUUUUAUCGCCUUUCGCUCUGCCGCUUCCACCAGCUGGCGGGAUGGGACUCCUGCUGCAUGGUCUCCUGCUGUUCGCUGUCUGCGCUCUACCUGCCGGUGGAGUGGAUUUCCAGCUUGGAUCCAAAGCUGUCGGACAGUCGGUGUUCACGAGGCGCUCCGGCGAAGCGGAGAGAGCCGCGCGCGUCGUCAAGAGGUCUCUGCCGUCGUGGAUGGCCGCAUCACACAGCCACAGGAUAAGGCGAAGGAGCGCCGAGCAGAGCGAUACGUGCAAACAGCACCAAGGGUUUCAGAGCAAGUUAACAGACAACACCCACAGUUUUACGUUCAAUGAUCUGAGUGGCUCUGUUUCGCUGGCCUGGGUCGGAGAUGGCACAGGGGUCAUCCUGGCUUUGACCACAUUUCAGGUGCCUUUCUUCAUGUUAAGAAUAGGCCAGUCCAAACUCUACCGCAGUGAGAACUACGGGAAGUCCUUUGAGGACGUGACCAGCUUAAUCAACAACACUUUCAUUUUGACAGAGUUUGGCAUAGCAAUCGGCCCUGAGAACUCGGGCAAAGUGAUCCUGACAGCUGAGGUUUCUGGAAGGGAUGGGUAUCGGAUUUUUGCCUCCAGUGACUUUGGGAAGACUUUCGUCCCCCUGGACUUGCCUUUCAAUCCCCUGAUGCAGAUCUCAUACAAUCCUGAGAACUCUAAUGUGCUGGCAGUCAUCAGUAACAGGAAUGAACUUUGGCUUUCUGAAGAUUUUGGACGGAGCUGGAAGAAGAUUCACAAAAUGGUGUGCCUUUUUAAAUGGGGAAGGAAAAAUACCAUCUUCUUUACAGCCAACCAAAAUGGAUCCUGCACUGAUAGGGGAAUGUUGGAGCUGAAGAGGACCACAGACUUGGGUAAAACCAUCAAGGUCGUUGCCAGUAAGAUCUUCUCUUUUGGCCUGGGAGGACGCUUCCUCUUUGCUUCAGUGAUGACAGGAAAGGGCACUCUGAGGAUGAUCCACGUGUCCGUUGACCAGGGUGAGACCUGGAACAUGGCCCAGCUGCCUCCUGUUGGUCACGAGCAGUUCUACUCCAUCCUGGCGGCAAAUGACGACAUGGUCUUCAUGCAUGUUGAUGAGCCUGGAGAUACUGGUUUUGGUACUAUUUAUGCUUCGGAUGAUCGAGGAACAGUCUACUCCAAGUCACUGGAGCGACACCUGUAUACAACCACCGGGGGCGACACUGACUUCACCAACGUCACUUCCCUUCGAGGAGUCUUCAUUACCAGUAUCUUGGCUGAAGAUAACUCUGUGCAGUCCGUGGUGUCCUUCGAUCAGGGUGGAGAGUGGGUUCCCCUUCGGAAACCUGCCAACACCAAGUGUGAUGCUACAGCCAAGGACCCAGACCAGUGCAGUCUCCACAUCCAUGCUGCUUACAGCAUUGCCAUGAAGCUAAACGUCCCCAUGCUGCCUGUGACGGAGCCAAACGCUGUGGGUCUAAUCUUAGCUCAUGGCAGCGUCGGGGAUGCCAUCUCUGUGAUGAAGUCGGACGUGUAUGUGUCCGAUGAUGGGGGCUACACCUGGAUAAAGGCUCUUGAUGGGCCCCAUCACUAUGCUAUCCUGGACUCAGGGGGGCUGCUGGUGGCUGUGGAGGACAAUGGUGCACCCAUCAACAAGAUCAAAUUUUCCACUGAUGAAGGACAAUGCUGGAGUGUUUACGUCUUCACCAAUGAACCGAUCUCGUUCACGGGGCUUGCGUCAGAGCCCGGAGCUCGCUCCAUGAACGUCAGCAUCUGGGGCUACAGAGAGUCCCUCAUCGCCCAGUACUGGGUCUCAUUCACCAUCGACUUCAGGGAACUCCUCACCAGAGACUGUGACAACAACGAUUAUGUGCAGUGGCUGGCCCACUCUGAUGACCUCAGUGACCCGAACGAUGGCUGCAUGCUGGGUUACAAAGAGAAAUUUCUGCGCCUCAGAAAAGACUCGGUUUGCUGGAAUGGACGGGACUAUAUUGUGGACACACAGCCAACUCCAUGUCCAUGCACCUUGGAUGACUUCUUAUGUGACUUUGGAUACUCGCGUAAAGAGAACAGCUCUGAGUGUGUGAAGCAGGCGGACCUGGAGGGCAAAGUGCUGGAGUUCUGCCUGCACGGCAAAGAGGAGCAACUGCAGACCAGUGGGUACAGGAAAAUUCCUGGAGAUAAAUGUGUGGGCGGAGAGAUGCCUGAGCGUAAAGAGAUUGACCUCAGCAAGAAGUGUGUCAGUGAUCUGGUUGCUCCAGAGUUUCAGACAGGCAGUCAUUCCUCCAAGUCUGUGGCCAUAGUGUUAGCAGUCGUCGUCGUCAUGCUGCUGAGCGUCGCAGCAGGAGUGAUCUUUGUCAGGAAAUAUGUCUGCGGCGGAAGGUUUUUGGUGCACAGGUACUCUGUGUUGCAGCAACAUGUUGAGGAAAAUGCAGCAGAUGGGAUGGACGAACCGCUGGACACCUGCCACACUCCUAAUGGCAAAAUAGAGUUUCAUGAUGACUCUGAUGAGGAUCUGCUUGAAUAGCAGGCGCCACCUGUUAACCAAGCGAGCAGCCAGCCGCUGUUGCUGUCACUCUCCUCUCCAGUUACUUCUUCCUUUCACCCUGAUGUUAACUUCAGCCUCGGUGACAGAGACUGCUGUCAUCGGCGAAGUCAAAUGAAUGUACGGAGGCUUCUUGAGACUUGACGCCGCAGUCGAGGAGAACCAUGAAGGAAGUCUUGUUGUGUUUUAAGGCAUCUGUUCUGUUCAGUAAGUUUUAAGCAUUGAGUUAUUUAUUUCACUGUAUGAAGAAACAGCUGAACUGCUGACAGAGAUUGACUAAAAACACGAGUUGUGUGAAGUCUCCUCCUCUGUUUUAUGGGCCAUGCCUCUUCCAUCUCCUGGAAGUGCUCCUGGAAAAAGUUUUUUUUCUUUACUUCUUUCAAAGAUUUGUGUUUGUUUUCUUCAUGCACUUGUACAUAAAUACUUUUCCUUUAACAAUUUUUAAUCAGAUAUCAGUUUGGUGAGUGGAGAAAAGGUCACUUCUGGCCUCUGGUUACUAUUAAUUGUUAUAGACUGAGUCUUAAAACUUUUUUUGUGGAAGUAUUUAUCCCAAAUGUUUCCAUGUUCCUAAGAGAUAAAAAUAUUGCUUACUGGGUGAAAUCUUCCACUUUUCUCUGUGUUGUUGGAGUACUCGUCUGCAGUUCUUUGCAUUGUGGGGAAGUAAUAAGAAGAGAUGCACCGAUCAGGCUUUUCUUAACCAAUACCGACUUUCCAAUUUCCUUUGAGUUCUGACCUUUGGAUUUUGUCCGAUCCCCAUUUUGUCCCCCUCAUAUUAAUGACUGCAUUACAUAAACAUUAAUAGAUGCUCUGCAGCAAAGGUGGCAGUGUUGAAUCCUACUGAAUAUAAAGAGAUUAUUCAUAUUAAAUCAUAUUUCUUUCCUUUCUCUGAUUCUUAAUGAAAUUGUAAAAAAAUGCAUCAAGGUACAUAUUGUUGACUGAUGCAUUCCUUGACUGUAAAUGAAAAGGAAAUAUUUAGUUUUUUAUUCAUUUAAAGGGUAAAGAAAAGGAGCCAAACGUAAGAAAAUUGGCCAUGUUUUGAUCUUUUGUUGAUUGAUUGGUGCAUCUCUUGUAAUAAGGCAUCUCUAUGAGGUUUGACAGCAAUAACCUGUGAAGAUUUUGUAUAUUUAAGAUAUUGUCCAUGCAUGACAAUUAUUCCAUUUGGCACAUCUCUUUAGAGUUGUUAGUCAUCUUGUUUAUCCAAACAAAUGAAGAAACAGUGUCCAAGACAUCUUGUGUUGAAAUCUUUGACUACAGUUCUUCUAACUACUGAAAGCACAAAAAAACUUGUAAGUUCAGCAUUUGUCAAUUAAUAUUUUUCUUAAAUAAGACCUAUAAUAACUGUAGUGAUCACAGUAAUCCUAUAUACUCCGUGUUUGUAAUAAUCUGAGCAGUUUUUAUACUAAGAAUUACAAAAUAUGUGACAUAUCUUUUGCAAAAACUAGAAAACCAAAUGCAUAAAAAAUUGGUGAUGGAAACUUAAGAGCAAUGGAAAGAAAGUAAAAAAUUAAUGUUGUAAAGCCUAAUUACUGCUGUAGCCUGUUAGGAGUUGGAUAAGCUGCAAUACAAAUGUUAAUGUUUCACUGGUUCUGUCUUUUACUCUAAACUUCUGUUUUCUUCUGUAACUGUGUUAACCAUGUCUCAGAAUUUUCUUAAACAACAUUUUUUUGCACAGUCCUGUUUUAAAUAUUUUAUAGGUUUUCAUUAUUUAUGAUGAGCUGGUGUAGAAUGCAGUGAAUUGGAUGUGGUUAAACAAGUGCCUGGUGUGAGAAUCUGACAUGUGGUCGACGUCCGUCAUUUUAUCAGUUUUAAGUUACAUCAUUGACGACCGCAAGUUGCAUGUAUUCUCGUAAAAAUGACUCCUGAAGCAGUAAGAGUAUGUUUUCUAAGCUUGCGCAAAACCGCAUGUACAAUACAUAAAUCUGAAUUUUUUUUUUUUUUUUUAAACCAAAUAUCUGCAAAAAAAAUAAACGAUUUGGGGGCUGGUACUAAAAUGACUUCUGGAUAAGAUGGUGUGACAAGAAAUUAGGGUGAAAAUAAAAAAAAAAGUUACUAUGUAGCUGCAUUACACUGGAAGACAAAGUCUAUAAAAUGAAGAUUUAUUGCAUUGUUAAUAGUAACAUGUUUUCCUCACAUUUUCAAACUACUGUAUUGAUUUUAAGGAGUCAUUGUGAUUAAUUGUGUAAAUAUUCAAGUUAAAAAUUUUGAAACUACUGUUUCCCUUUUCUGUAUAUUGGAGGCUUUUUUUCUUUUGGGUUUGGCAAUAAAGUUAAUGCUCCUCUUU